AUGCCGCUCCCACGCGCGCUCCUCGUCCCCCUCGCCCUCUCCUCCGUCUCCUUCCAAGUCCACGCCGCGCCCGUGUCCCUCACUGAAGCCACGUUCGACCACGAGACGAGCACCGGCGUCUGGUUCAUCAAGUUCUACGCGCCCUGGUGUAGCCAUUGCAAGCAACUGGCGCCCACCAUCGACGCGCUGUCGACCGCCAAGGAGCUCCGAGACACGGACGUGCACGUGGCCAACGUCGACUGCACGACCGAGCGGAGCGUGUGCGAGCGCUUCAGCGUGGGCUCCUACCCCACGCUCAAAGUCGUGGCUCACGGCAAGUCGUACGACUACAACGGCCGUCGGGACGUUCCGACAAUGGCUACAUUUGCAACCCAUGGGUACAAAACCGAGUUUGGCGAGCAGGUCUUGAGCUACCCCGAGUACGUCGAGCAGCGCAAAGCAGCGGCGGCGGAGCAGCAGGAGAACGAGCGCCAGAGCGCGGUCGUGCAGCUCACCACGGCCUCGUUUGAACGCCAAGUGCUGGGCAGCAACAGCCCGUGGCUCAUCAAGUUUUACGCCCCGUGGUGUGGCCACUGCAAGCGCCUGGCGCCCACGUGGAACAAAUUGAGUCGCACCUUGCAGGAGAAUGGCAGCCAGACGCACGUGGCCAAGGUGGACUGCACUGUGCACCGUCGCGUGUGCUCGCGCUUUGGCGUGCACGGCUAUCCGUCGCUGGUUUACAUCAGGGAGGGCCAAGUGUACCGGUACAAGGGUGGACGGUCACUGCCGGCGUUCCUGGACUUUGUCGAGAGUGGCUGGGAGACGGCCGAGUCGACGGGGCCGAUACCGGACGAAGGCUUUUUCUCCAAGAUUGUCGACACGGUCAUUGAGUGGGCGACGGAGCACACGGUCUUGGCGGUCUUGGCCUGCAUUCUGGUGGUUGCUAUUGUAGUGGCGAUCUUGGUGGCGAUGCUGGAUUACUGGCUGGGUGCUGACGACGUGACGCAGUACAAGAAGGUGCUGGAGGAGAAAGGAGCGGAAGGGAAGGAUGACGGAGAUGAAGAGGAGGAAGAGCUCCUGCCGCGCACGCCGUCGGCGGCCGAGGCUAAAAAGUCUGGUCUGAAGCCAAAGGACGAGUAA